GUCACGCCCCACCCCAUCUGGCUCCCCGCCCCGCCUCCUCCCUCGCUACGCUCAGCCCCUCUCUCUUAUUGGUCGGCGACGCUCGGCCCCUCCCCGCCCCCACGGGAUAAAAGACUUAGUAGCCAGGGGCCGGGCGCGUGCUGCUCGCCCGACCCCAUCAGCGCAGGUCAGAACUUGCUACAGCCUCGCUUUUCUCUCUUCGCCCUCCGGUCCGUCACCAUCCUCCCCACGACGUGCUGCCCUGCGCCCGCAACCAUGUGCCGCACCCUGGCCACCUUCCCUAACACCUGCCUGGAAAGAGCCAAAGAGUUCAAGACACGCCUGGGGAUCUUUCUUCAUAAAUCAGAGCUAAGCUCGGAUACUGGGGGUAACGGCAAAUUCGAGUGGGCCAGUAAGCUUAGCAAAGAGAGAAGCUUCUCAGAAGAUGUAUUGGGAUGGAGAGAGUCUUUCCAGUCACUGCUGAACAGUAAAAAUGGGGUGGCCGCCUUCCACGCCUUCCUAAAGACGGAGUUCAGCGAGGAGAACCUGGAGUUCUGGCUGGCCUGCGAGGAGUUCAAGAAGAUCCGAUCAGCCACCAAACUGGCCUCCAGGGCCCACCACAUCUUCGAUGAGUACAUUCGCAGUGAAGCCCCUAAAGAGGUAAACAUAGAUCACGAGACCCGAGAACUGACCAAGACAAACCUACAGGCCGCCACUCCCAGUUGCUUCGACGUGGCUCAGGGGAAGACCCGCACAUUGAUGGAGAAGGACUCUUACCCGCGCUUCCUCAAGUCACCUGCUUACCGCGACCUGGCUGCCCAAGCCUCGGCCACCUCUGCUUCCGGCAGCAGCCCAGCUGAGCCUUCACACACUUGAGCCUCCACAGCAACCAAGAAGGAAGAGAGGUGGAGUCACCCAUCCCUGAAGCAGCUGCCCUGUGUGGGAGGCAGGCCUUGUGCAGCAAGUGCGAGAGGAUAGUGAAGGGAUAGACGGACAGACGGGCAUCCCCGCAGCCUGAGUGUGAAGAACUCCCUCUCCUCCAGAUACUGUGGUGGGCCCAGCGUAGGAGAGACUCCUCAUUGCCAGGACCUGUGGCUGAGGGCUGACAUGGAGGCUGUGUGGGGUGCUCUGGGGAAGGGUCCUGCACCUAUGUUCUUUCUCCCAGGCACACUCAAGGAAUGCUGGGGGGUUGGGAACCUUGAGUAUGGGAGCCGGAGAGCGUCAUGGCAGCUGUCUACCUGCCAGACAGUUGGCUUUGAUCCCGUCUUGAUUUCCUCAGUCCUGGAUGUGGCCUAGAAAAGGCUAUGUAUGUGGAACCUUCCUCCCCUGCCCCUGCCUUCCCAGGGACACCCAGAGACUCCUAGCUGAGGCCUCUGCUCAUUCUUAAGCUCAUUCUCACAGUCUCACGGAGGUCAGCGAGUCCGUCUGAUUCUUGCCCCAGAUGAGAUUUCUAUACCUCAGAAACUGGCCUGUGAGCCCCUUUCCGGGUCAACAAUGAACCCUGCAAAAAGAAGCCAUUUUGCUCACGUGACUCUAGGCCGGGCGCUCUCGGUGGCUUUCUGUAGGUGGGCCCCUGACCUCACAUUUGCAGCACGGUCUGCUUGUGAACAGGGCUAACUGAGAAGCCUUACUGGGCCUUGUACCUCCUUAGAUGAGGUCUAAGGAGGGAGGUGGGAGGAAGGAGGCUUCAAGCCCCGGGACCAGCAUUCAUGUCCGACAACUGAGCAAAGGAGAGAAGUCGUGGAAAAAUCCUUCUGUAGGGGGAGCCCAAAAGACCAGCCGAAGUCAAAUCAGUUCUCUUUGCGGUUAUGAAUAUGGGAAAAUGAUGCCCCCUACCCCUCACCCCCCUGGUGGAAGGGGAGCCUUGCACCUCUUUCCUGUUGACAUGAGAUGCCCAACGUAGUUAGGGGAGAAGUAGGUCAGGGGUCAAGAAAGCUCUGGAACAGAAGUUAGUGCAGCCAAGGGAGUAUUGAGGAUGUGGGGGGUGCCUGGAAGGAUGGGGCUGGGGGGGGGGAUCAAUCUGCCUAUCACCUCUGAGUCUUACCGAACAAACAUUCCAAGUUGGGACUUCCAGCACCAGAGACCAAGAUGGCUGUGGAGACGUAGGUUGCCAGCAUUGUUCUCUCUGCACUUGAGGCUUCUCCGGGAGAAAAUCCUUUUAAGUAUACGAUGUCGUUCUGUUGUGCUGAUUGUCUCAGCUGCUGUUGUUUGCUGUUCUUAUUUAUUGUGAUUUGUUUGCCCGUACUGAAGAAACUCAACGGGAGCUGCUGCCCGACCGCGCCUCCUCCCUACCAGACUCUACCUCAGCAAGCCUUGCGAACCACUGAGGGCUGUCGGUGGGUGGGUGGGGGGGACUCCCCACUGUGUUAAUAUUUAUUUAUUGUUAACAAAGGGAGCUGGGUUCCUUUAUCAGUGGUGUACGAAAUCCCUGUUUUUCUGUUUGAGCAUGUUAUAUUCUUGUAAAAAAAAUGAAAAUAAAACUCAAAAAAUAAUAUCCCAUU